AUGCAGGCCUCCUCGGGCAUGUUGACCAAGUUCGAGUCCAAGUCCUCGCGCGCGAAGGGCAUCGCCUUCCACCCUAAGAGACCAUGGAUUCUCGUCGCCCUUCACUCCUCCACCAUCCAACUUUGGGACUACCGUAUGGGAACAUUGAUCGACCGAUUCGAAGAACACGAUGGUCCCGUUCGAGGAAUUGACUUCCACAAGACGCAGCCCCUCUUCGUGUCGGGAGGUGACGAUUACAAGAUCAAGGUUUGGUCCUACCAGACCCGGCGGUGCCUGUUCACUUUGAACGGCCAUCUCGACUACGUCAGAACCGUCUUUUUCCAUCACGAACUGCCAUGGAUUCUGUCGGCUUCCGACGACCAGACCAUUAGGAUAUGGAACUGGCAAAAUCGCUCUCUGAUCUGCACAAUGACAGGACACAACCACUAUGCCAUGUGCGCUCAAUUUCAUCCGAAGGAAGAUCUCGUCGUUUCUGCAUCCCUCGACCAGUCUGUCCGAGUCUGGGACAUUUCCGGCCUCCGCAAGAAGCACUCGGCCCCGACGUCGAUGACUUUCGAAGACCAGGUCGCGCGCGCGAACCAGAACCAGACCGACAUGUUCGGCAACACCGAUGCUGUCGUUAAGUUCGUCUUGGAAGGCCACGAUCGUGGUGUCAACUGGGUUGCUUUCCACCCUACCAUGCCGCUAAUUGUGUCUGCUGGCGACGAUCGUCUUGUUAAGUUGUGGCGCAUGAGCGAAACUAAGGCGUGGGAGGUUGAUACUUGCAGAGGACACUUCCAGAAUGCCUCUGGCUGUCUUUUCCACCCGCAUCAGGACCUCAUUCUUUCCGUUGGCGAAGACAAGACGAUUCGUGUCUGGGAUCUGAACAAGCGUACCGCAGUGCAAUCCUUCAAGCGCGAGAACGACCGUUUCUGGGUUAUUGCCGCUCAUCCUGAGAUCAACCUGUUCGCUGCUGGCCACGACAACGGUGUCAUGGUCUUCAAGCUCGAGAGGGAAAGACCAGCCUCUGCAGUAUACCAGAACAACCUUUUCUACAUCACCAAGGAGAAGCACGUCAGGUCUUAUGAUUUCCCAAAGAAUAUCGAGAGCCCGACUCUGCUGUCGCUGAAGAAACUUGGCAGCCCGUGGACCCCUCCCAGAACCCUCUCUUACAACCCCGCUGAGCGCUCAGUUCUUGUUACUUCUCCCUCUGAUGGCGGAUCCUACGAGUUGAUCAACCUUCCCCGCGAUGGAUCUGGUGCGAUCGAGCCGACCGAGUCGAAGCGUGGUCAGGGUAACUCUGCUAUCUUUGUCGCUCGCAACCGCUUCGCCGUCUUGAACUCUUCUAGCCAGACAAUCGAUAUCAAGGACCUGUCCAACAACACCACUCGCUCCUUCAAGCCCCCCGUCGGAACCAGCGACAUCUACUUUGGUGGCACCGGCAACCUCCUGAUCAUCACGCCAACCGCCGUCCAUCUCUACGAUAUCCAGCAGAAGAAGAGUGUCGCUGAGUUGGCUGUCAACGGUGUCAAGUAUGUUGUCUGGUCCAACGACGGCCUCUAUGCCGCCCUUUUGAGCAAGCACAACGUCACUAUUGUUACGAAGACUCUCGAGCAGGUCAGCACUCUGCAUGAGACCAUUCGGAUCAAGAGCGCAACCUGGGAUGACGCUGGUGUCUUGCUGUACUCGACUCUUAACCACAUCAAAUACACGCUCCUCAACGGUGACAAUGGUAUUGUGCGUACUCUUGACCAGACUGUCUACUUGGUUCGUGUCAAGGGUCGCAACGUCUACUGCCUUGAUAGAGCGGCGAAGCCCAAGGUUCUUCAAGUUGACCCUACUGAGUACCGCUUCAAGCUUGCUCUCGUCAAGAGAAACUAUGAGGAGAUGCUUCACAUCAUCCAAAACUCUAGUCUCGUUGGCCAGUCCAUCAUUUCCUACCUCCAGAAGAAGGGCUACCCUGAAAUUGCCCUGCAGUUCGUCCAGGAUCCUACUACCCGGUUCGAGUUGGCCAUUGAGUGUGGAAACCUCGAUGUCGCUGUUGAGAUGGCUAAGGAGCUGGACCGCCCUAAGCUUUGGCAGAGAUUGAGCUCCGAGGCCCUGGCCCACGGCAACCACCAGAUUGUCGAGAUGGCCUACCAGAAGCUCAAGCAGUUCGACAAGCUGUCGUUCUUGUACCUAUCCACUGGUGACCACUCUAAGCUUGCCCGUAUGGCCAAGAUUGCCGAACACCGUGGCGACUUCACUGCUCGAUUCCAGAACGCCUUGUACCUUGGCGAUAUUGAAGACAGAAUUCAGAUGUUCAAGGAAAUUGAUCUUUACCCUCUUGCAUACAUGACAGCUAAGUCUCACGGCCUGGAGGAAGAGUGCCAAGCUAUUCUUGAGGCGACCGGUCUCACCGAAGAUCAGCUGGAGACUCCCACUAUUGGAGAGGCUUUGACUCCCCCCAAGCCGGUCGUUCCUACCUUCAAGGCCAACUGGCCCACCAAGGCGACGUCGGUGUCUGUAUUUGAGAAGGCUCUCCUCGGCCAGGUCGAGGGUCUGUCGCUGGAGGACCAGCCUGCAGCUGCCAACGGUUUCGAUGAAGCCGCUGACGACGAGGGUGCUGCCAAGAAUGGCAACCUUAUUGAUGCCGAUGACGAUGAGGAUGCCGCAGGCUGGGACUUGGGUGAAGACAUUGUUCCCGAGGUUGACAGCGACUUUGUGAAUGUGGAUAGCGCAGAGGCUGGUGGUGCUGGUAGCAGCGAAGCCGACCUCUGGGCUCGCAACUCUCCCCUGGCAGUAGAUCACGUCGCAGGUGGCUCGUUCGAGUCAGCUAUGCAGCUUCUCAACAGACAAGUUGGAGCUGUCAACUUCGCGCCGCUCAAGCCUCGAUUCCUGGAGGUUUACCAGGCAUCAAGGACAUAUCUGCCGGCUUCUGCUGGUCUUCCUCCACUGAUCAACUAUGUCCGACGCACGGUUGAGGAGACAGACCCGAGAAAGGUGUUGCCUAUUGUGCCUCGUGACCUCGAGUUCCUUGCCACCAACGACCUCCAACAGGGCUACAACUCUAUGAAGACGAAUAAGCUCGACGAAGGCCUGCUGGUUUUCAAGGGUAUUCUUCAUGCUAUCCUUAUCAACGCUGUAUCCAGCGAGAGCGAGGUCGCCGAGGCGAAGAAACUCAUUACUUCGGCUAGCGAGUAUGCUGUGGCCAUGGACAUUGAGAUUAGCCGCCGCCAGCUUGGCACAAGCCCCGAUCAGCUCAAGCGCAGCCUGGAGCUGUCCGCUUACUUCACUAUCCCGAAGAUUGAGGUUCCUCAUCGUCAACUUGCUCUGCACAACGCAAUGCAGCUUGCGAUGAGGAACAAGAACUAUAACUCGGCUCUGAGCUUUGCCAACCGCAUUAUCGCUAACGGCGGCUCCAGCAAGCUGACUGAAAACGCCAAGAAGGCAAAGGCCCAGUGUGAGCGCAACCCUUCAGACGCGAUCGAGAUUGAAUUCGAUCAGUUCGCCGAGUUUGAGAUUUGCGCAGCAAGCCAUACUCCUAUUUACAGCGGCACUGCGUUUGAGGAGUGCGCCUUUGACGGCUCCAAAUACCACACCAAGUACAAGGGAACCGUUUGCAAGGUCUGUGAGGUGUGCGAGGUUGGUAAGCAUGGCAGUGGCCUGAAGCUCUUUGCGUAA